ACCGCCAUUGCGGCAUUGCCACCCUCUAGGCCUCUCUCUAUAUAUGCCCAAGCCCAACGCCUCCAUCUCCUCCCAAGUCCCAUCAACGCCGUGCGCGAGAUCAGAACCACGAGGAGAUAGGAGGAGCAGGGAGAGAAGCAACGAUGCCGACGGGUAGGCUGAGCGGCAACAUCACGCAGGACUGGGAGCCGGUGGUUCUGCGCCGGACGAAGCCGAAGGCGGCCGACCUCAAGUCGGCGAAGGCGGUGAACCAGGCGCUGCGGUCGGGCGCGGCCGUGGAGACGGUGCGCAAGUCGGCGGCGGGCACGAACAAGCACUUCGCGUCCACGACCGUGGCGCCCGCGCGCAAGCUGGACGAGACGACGGAGCCGGCGGCGGUGGAGCGCGUGGCGGCCGAGGUGCGCGCGGCGAUCCAGAAGGCGCGCGUGGCCAAAGGGUGGAGCCAGGCCGAGCUGGCGAAGCGCAUCAACGAGCGCGCGCAGGUGGUGCAGGAGUACGAGAGCGGCAAGGCGGCGCCGGCCCAGGCCGUGCUCGCCAAGAUGGAGCGCGCCCUCGAGGUCAAGCUCCGUGGCAAGGGCGUCGGCGCGCCCCUGGCGGCUGCCAGCAAAUGAUGUGAUGUGAGUCGACGUGAUGGCCUUUAUGCAGAUUACACCGUCGAUGGAUAGGUUAACCUCUGCUUUGAAUUGGCGGUCAAUCGGAUGUGCAGUUUCUGUUUGUAUGGGAUCGUGAUUGGGCGGAUGUAACGAGUUUCCAGUGAUCUCUUGAUUGGUAAAUGACAGGGGCAAGUAGUUUCGAUUUGGUCACGUGGUUUUAUCUGGUCUCUUUGCCCCAAUAUUACGAUUUUUACGAGUGAUCCGGUGAAUGAAUCUCGGAUCCUCUGUUCUUAUGUGAACUGCGAACAUAGACUAGAAAGACAGGCGCGACUUUGCCGCGCCCUUGUUGGAUACUCCGAGCAAUGAAUAAUGGAUGUCUUUUUGGCC